GGAGUAGUUAUUUUUGUCUGUAUUAGCUGGUUUGCAGGUGGCAGGGUUUUUGACUUAUUCUUAAUUGCCAGAAAAGUAACAAAGACGGUAUGACAUCUGGGUGUUCGAGUUUGUUUAGUGUUAUACAGCUCUUCAACUCUGAAUAUGUCUAACAUAGAGUACCUAGUAACUAGGUAUCUAUGAGAGCUGACACUUGGGAAGCUUUAACCCUUUUGCUCCUAACAAGGUCUUGAUGUUUAAAGUUGUUUUUUAUACUGUUCAAGGAUUCUGGAUUGCACUCUACCAUAGAAUAGAAUCCACUGUAAAUCUCUAUUGUGACUUAUGCAAAUCUGCAUGUACAGUUCAAACCUAGAACUGUAAGAAUAAAAGUGUUAAGAAUGAGUUGUUGCUGACUUGUCUGUUAAUGCUGGGAACAAAAACCGCUGUUUGAAUGGGUGUUCUGGAUUCAAGUAGUAGAUAUUUAGAUCUUACUAAAUGUUUCGUAGUGCCACUACAAACAAAUGUCACGUUGGAACAGUAAAAGUAGAGGCUAAGACUAUUUUAAUCUCUUGCAAGCACUGCUUAAAAUCAGGUUGAAUUGAUAUCAUUACUCCAGCACUUGUAAGGUGGAAACAGGCUCCUAAAGCUGCAAACCUUGUUCGUUGUGUUGUACUGGCAGUGAAUUUCACAUGCAGUAUUAGGCUGUCUGUACUAAAUUGUACAGGUUUGGUACUCUCCAUGGUCUGUCUUCUCCUGCCUAUGUACCUGUAGAACCCUUAGUAUUUUUCACAUCCCUUGUCAAGUUCAGCUCUGUCUGCCUUGGUUUUUCUGAUCUACACAUGCAGACAACGUCCCUAUAUUCUUCCCGGGCUUACACAACCCUGCUUUCAUUUCCUGUACACUUCUGUCAUCAGUUUAAGCUGCAGGUGGUUGCUCAGCCAGGUUGGUUGCUCACCUCUUCUGCUUGAUUUCUUCUGCUGGGGGAUGGGAGAGCUCUUGCACUCACAGAACGGUGUCCUUAAAAAAGAGCUGCCAGCUCUGUUUGUAUUCCUGUGCCUGCAAGGACAGUUUCCCAGGGGAGAUCUCAGCCAGCAAUUCCUUGAGCAGCUGGAAGUUUGCUCUCCUGAGGUUCAGUGUCUUUACUCUGCUUUUUGCUAGCCCUGCAUUCCUCCACAUUGCAAACUUGAGCAGGGCAUGGUCAGUCACUGCAGCCCAGGCUGCCUCUCAUCUUCUAACUUCUCUAGUGCUCUUUUUUGCAUUGGUGAGUACCAGGUGCAGUGAGGUUUCACCUCAGGUCCACCCAUCUAUUACCUGGACCAGGAAGUUGUCCUCAACAGACUCCAUGAUUCUCCUGGAUUGUCUGCCCCCUGCUGUGCUGCUAUCCCAGCAGAUAUCUGGGUGGCUGAAAUCUUCCAUCAGGACAAGAGUCUGCAAGCUGUACCACUUCUGCAGUUGGAGCAAGGCCUCAUCAACAGGCUGCCCCUGAUCUAUAGCAGCCCCCAACUACUGAGUGUCCUUUACUGGUCCAGUGCCUUCAGUGAGGAGUUCCUCACACUUGUUGCUGAUAAUCUGCGCUGUGGAAAAGUGUCAUUUAUUCCUGAAGUUAAUGACAGAAACAGACGUUUAAAAAAAAAAAAGCUUCCCACUUUCCCAUAGUUUAUAUGUUGUGCUGUUUGUCCGAAGUUUGCAAAGCUGUUCUUUUAACAGCUAGAGAAAUGAGUAAUGAUGGAUAUCUGUGCUACAUCGUAGGUCAUUCUAUGUGAGACAUUUGGCUUCUAUGCCUGUAUGUCACUGCUUAAUGUCCAAAAUCACUUGAAGUCACAGGUAUGUCAAAAGUCUUCAGGUAGUUACUGUGUUAGUGAAGGAGGCAAGGCAAAGGUAAGAAAUGCCAAAGCAUAAAACAGGCCAUGCAUUUCUGCUCUCCUCUGCCCAGCCUGGAAAUGAGACAUGACUUGGUCAGCAUAACUAUUUCUAGUUAAGCUGUUUAAGGUUGAAUCUUGAUUAAGAUGAGAUCUUCCAUGGAAAGAGAAUGCAGCUGGAUGUGUAGUAAGGAAUAUGUUGCUAUAGCAAUGACUGUGACAUCAAAACAGGCACUGUGUUGGCUCCUCGCACUCAGACACUUAAAUGUGUGUCCAUCGGUACUGAGUUGCAUUUUCAACCAUGGUUGGAGAUGGUACAAAUUCUACAACAGAAGCUUUGGGAAAUUCAUCAUUCUGGGUGAACUUCUACCUUUCUUAGAUGAUUACUGCAGUUACUCAGAAGACAGCUCACACCACUCAAACUCCAAUAUGAAUGUCACUAGUGGUAGGCGUCGCAGAGGAGUUAAACUUGGAGAGGACCAGGACAUGCCAGAGGCAGUAGCUUUGGGAGAUACUGUCCCUUCAGAAAAUGAACGUUUUUUUCUUACACCUGGAAAGGCAGCCCUGCCAGCUAGAGAGUCCCACAGUGAUAUCUACAUGGCACCAGAAAAUGAUUUUAGAACGCCAGUGGAAGCAAUCGCUGAGGAGAGAUCUGCUUUCUCAACAUUUGUGGUGGAACCGUAUGAACCAUCUCAGAAGUCUGGAGCUCGUACAGAGGCAGCAUGGCCCCAGAAGCCCGACUGCUCCUCACCCAUGGAUAUCGAGCCUUCCGAAUCUUCAGCAUUUCUGGAGAACUCUACUACAGCUGCUUUGCUACCAGAGUGGGACAGCAACGUGUGGGAACAAAUAGCAGAUGUUUCCAGUUCUACCAUGUACCACUGAAAAAAAGAAUGAAAACAACCUUCACGUCACCUAAACCAGGCAUUGCUGUAUCGACAACAUCUAUAGUCUUGUCUUUAAUGCACUGUGAAAGGUAUUUAUCCAGGCUUCCUUUGGGCAGUGUUGGAGGUUGUAUAUGUAUGUAUGUGUAUGUAGAAUUAAAGCUUCAAAAUCACA